GAUCACAUGGUUAUGACGUCAUGAAAGGUCCUUUAGCCACCAGCAGUUAGCAUCCUCGGGGCAUGGAGGAGUCUGUGGGUACAGUUUGCAUCUCUCUGGCGCACGGCUGCUAAGGUUCCUGACAACUGAUUAAAGAAUUCAUUAAAAAUGGCAAACAUACAUCUUCCAGUAUCUGAGCCUUGGUAUGCUGGACGGGUGUAUUCCAGGUACUGGAAGCAUUACAGUCAAGCAAUGCACUGGCUGUACAGGCAUAAGAGAGCAUACAGAGUGGCGGUGGCAUCUAUGUGUUAUCCCCCAUGGUACCUGGCCGAAGCCUUUCAGAAUUCUCGUUAUGCGGAAUGGGAAGGGGGCGAGUCCUCUUAUCAAUCCUUCUAUGCCAGGCCACAGAAACGAGCUGUGCAGCCACGCAGGGAUCGCCCCUGUUUAAAGGUCUCCUGUUCUAAAGAUGAGGUAACUGAAAUGGAACAAGAAGAGGACGUGUCCACUGAUUCUGAUGAGGAAGGAAUAGAAUGUGACAUGAGCAACAUGGAGAUCACAGAGGAGCUGCGCCAAUACUUUGCAGAGACUGAGAGACAUCGAGAAGAGCUAAAGAGACAGCAACAACUUGAGGACGAAAUGCAUGAGCAGUACGUAGAUGCCGGCCAUGAUCUGCACAUCCCCACUAAAAGAUCAACCCAGCCCCCUUCUGAAAGACCCGGAGAAAGGCGUCGGAUAGAGAUGAAGAAACUCUAUGGAGAAGAUGCCCCUCAAAUCCAAGCCAUGGAAACUGCAAUGCAACUCAACUUUGAUAGACACUGUGAUAAAAAACAACCUAAGUACUGGCCGAUCAUCCCAUUAAAGUUAUAAGGCUCCGAUGGGAACAUAUAACUGUAUGUAGCGGUGAUGGUAGAAACCACAGCUGUACUGCUGGGGGUUCAGCAAUAGAUUUUGUGUCCAGUGUUACUCUCUUUUAUACUGGACAUUUGAACUGUAAAUAUGGCUUACAGUCUACCAUACUUUUCAUGUAUGAACUUAUUUGAACAUGCAAAUAAAUAUAGAUUGAAAUUA